ACUGAUAGGGUUAAUCAUGUUCUGAUGACGUUGCUCUUGGUCAGAGAUUACGCCCACAUCUCUAUAAAACAUCGGCUGCAUCUCCACUUGUAGACAUAUGACUGUAGGUCCCCAACUCAGCAGGCAGGCAAAGACUUUAGAAGACUGCUGCAGCCCGUCCAUCUUUAGGUGGUGGGAUUCCCCUCCUGGUGGGGUUCUAGUGAUGGAAAAGAAUGAUGAUGAGGAGUCACCUGGUGCAACAGGUGGUGAAGGGGAUGGAAGAGACACCACACCUGUUCACAACACUGGUACUCCUGAUGGUAUGGCAGCACUAGGAGUCAUGCUACAGGGCUUCAUGUUAAAUCAACAGCAGUCAAUGCAACAGCAACAGCAGUCAAUGCAACAGGCAAUGCAAUCCAUGCAGCAACAGAUGCAGCAGCAGAUCAGCCAGCUACAGGAGGAGGUGCAGAAAGGAAAGACAAAGCAACAGUGUGUUGUGACCCCUCUACCAGCAGCAAACCCAGACACUCUGACAAGACCAGCUCCUCAGUCUCGAGACCCAGCAGAGGAGGUAUUAGGUGAACACGUUGACAAGAAGGAGGAGGCAGCAGAGAUGAAAUUGGAAGAUGUCCAACAGCCUUUGUCCGAUGAGGAGUCAAAACCAGAGACAGAUGGCUCUUCAGAAGGAAACAGAGAAACAACCAAAGGUGCAGCAGGGGAGGUAUUGGGGAAUCACAAUGACAAGAAGGAGGAGGCAGAGAGUCCCCAUCCAGAGAUUCCAUCUCCUUCCAAACCACUGAAGGGCUGGGAAGAGAAGAUUCACCAGGGAGAACAAGGAAAACUAAAAAAUAUUGAGCCAGUGCCAAAAGCCAGAGAUGAGUUGAAGCCAAAGAAGGAGGGUUCCUCAGAAGAAACAACACAAGGUACCACGACACUUCACUUUCAAUAG